UAAUGAUUGACUGAUUGAUUCAGAUAGAUAGAUGAGAGAGAGACAGAGAAAGAGAGAGAGAGUUGAGAAGCUCAAAAUUCCCACCAGAAAGCUGCACUUGAAUGACUGACAUUCUGGCUGCUGACUCAGAGAUAGAAGUUGGUGAUGUGACAAUACUGAACUUACAAGAAUGGCGAACGCAUGGUUACUGCAAGGGACAAUGCUUGUGAAAUUCUGUGCAAUGUUUCUUUUUAACUGCCACAGAAUCUUAGGCUAGAAAGCUGAACUGAAAGCAUGAAUGAAUCCUUCUGUUAUCUUGCUUUGUAUGUAGCCUAAGCGCGUUUCCCCAGCAAAGAUGAUAAUCGCCGGUUAGUCACUGUCAGAUAUCGACACCAGGAUACUUGUCUGAUUACGCUCAUUACCGACAAUAUCGUCAUAUCACCCAGACGUAAUUGGUGAUUUGACAUGUUCCCAGGUAUAACAAUACAGGGAGAAAAAGGAUUUUACUCAUGGGAUCAGGAAUCCAAGUGCCAGUUGCUGCUGCAUUAGCUGCUGGGAAUGUUCACAUCUCCUCCUUUCAGUGAUACGUGUCGAGUGUAGGGACACCUGGCAGAAAGAUGACUAAGUACUGCACUGGAAGCACUGGUCUGACUGUUAUGGGAGGGUUCAUGUCCAUCUUGUUGUUGAUGUGUUCCUAUGUAUUCCUAUAGCUUGUACUUAAUGUUUUUGCCUCUAGUUUUGAGCAAAGAUGCACUGACUCACAAUUAGUGAUCAUAUGACUGCAGCAGAUUGUCAGGACGCACAGAACACUCUGCAGACUAUAACUCAUUUUGAAGUGCUGAACAGCUGUGAUCUCAUAGAUAAACACUGUGAAGUGCUGUCUUCAGCUCUAAGAUCAAACUCUUCCCCCCUGAGAGAGCUGGACCUGAGUGACAAUAACCUGAAGGAUUCAGGAGUGAAGCUGCUCUCUGCUGCACUGGAGGAUUUACACUGCAUACUGGAGAUACUGAGGCUGUCAGGCUGUAGAGUCACAGAAGAAGGCUGUUCUUCCCUGGCUUCAGCUCUGAAGUUAAACCCCUCACACCUGAGAGAGCUGGAUCUGAGCUACAAUCACCCAGGAGACUCAGGAGUGAAGCUGCUCUCUGCUCUACUGGAGGAUCCCAGCUGUAAACUGGAGAAGCUGAAGGUGGGCCAGUGUGAACUCACAGAGAAAUGCUGUGUGGCACUGGCUUCAGCUCUCAGAUCAAACUCCUCACCCCUGAGAGAGCUGGACCUGAGUGACAAUGACCUGCAGGACUCAGGAGUGAAGCUGUUCUCUGUUGGACUGGGGGACUUAUACUGUAAACUGGAUAUACUGAGGCUGUCAGGCUGUAGAGUCACAGAAGAAGGCUGUUCUUCCCUGGCUUCAGCUCUGAGAUCAAACCCCUCUCACCUGAGAGAGUUGGACCUGAGCUACAAUCACCCAGGAUUCUCAGGAGUGAAGCUGCUCUCUGCUGUACUGGAGGAUCCCAGCUGUAAACUGGAGAAGCUGAAUGUGGAUCACGGUGGAAAGUGCAGGACCAGACCAGGCUUACAGAAAUACUCCUGCCAGCUGACGCUGGACCCCAACACAGCAAACAGAUUCCUGUCUCUGUCAGGGGGGAACAGGAAGGUGACAUGGGGGGCAGAGCGGCCAUAUCCUGAUCAUCCAGAGAGAUUUGACAGCCGCCACCAAGUUCUGUGCAGAGAGAAUCUGACUGGCCGCUGUUACUGGGAGGCUGAGUGGAGUGGAAAUGGAGCCUGGAUAGGAGUGACUUAUAAAGGGAUCAGGAGGAAAGGAGGGAGUGACUGUGGGCUUGGAUACAAUGACAAGUCAUGGUGUCUGUACUGUUAUACUGACAGUUACUCUGUCCGGCACAAUAAUAAACAGACUCGCAUACCCAUAGAGCCCUCAGGCUCCCGCAGAGUAGGAGUGUAUCUGGACUGGGGGGCUGGUGCUCUGUCCUUCUACAGAGUCUCCUCUGAUGGACUGACCCCCCUGCACAGACUCACCUCCUCAUUCACUGAGUCCCUCUAUCCAGGGUUUCGGGUUUAUAGAAACUCCUCAGUGUCACUGUGACGUGUUGCUGGUUCUCCUGGCAAAAGGGUAAAAUCUCUGCUUUUUAACCUUUAUAAUCCUUUUCACUCUGAAAUGUACAGAACUGUGCAAAAGUCUUAGGCAGGCAAAGAAAAUGAUAUUUAGAUUAUCCUCCUGUUGGUGUAAAACUAUGAUAUGAUGCCUGUCAAAGUGUGUCAGCUUCGCCAUUUCAGAACCUCUGCUAAAAUCAUCCCAGUAUUUGCAGCGACCGUCCAGUGCAGCCAUGUAUUUUUUGACUUGACCACUAACACACCUCAUACAGCUGGUCAAUCUCUCACUGACUUUUAAACCAAUAUAUUUAAUUAUUUAAUUGAGCUGUUGGUGAAAUUGAACAAAAUCAUGUAACUGAGGUGCCCCUGAGGAGAAGUUUGGGAACUGAAGCGGUGUUCAUCUAGCCAUCCAACUAGAUAUCAGUAACUUUUUAGAAAACAGAAGAAAUUAUUACUAGUUUUUAUUGUGUUACUUUUAAUUUGCACACGUUCUAAUGUUAAAUUGUGUUUUUUGUUCUAAGCCAAAGUACAUUUCCUACUCAGAUAAACAGCUGUAAACAUUUCUUUGGACGGCCUAAGACUUUUGCACAGUACUGUGUGUUUUACAAAAAAUAAAUGACUGUGUUCAGUGAGCUGAAUAAACAUGAAAAAUAUUGUUUUUUAUACGUUUUCUCUCUGACUAAAAUGUAACUAAAUGUAAUCCUGAUUGGGGGGGGGGGGGGCUAUCCCCUUCUCC